AUGAACGGCAAGAAGGUUGUCGUGGUUGGCGCCGGACCGGUUGGUUCGCUCGCUGCUCUGUAUGCCGCCUCUCGUGGUGCCGCCGUCGAAGUAUAUGAACUUCGUAGCGAUCUUCGGAAUGCCGACACGACUCCUCUCAACUUCACCAAAUCCAUCAAUCUUGCCCUCUCUGAGCGAGGCAUCAACGCACUUCGGUCGACCGGGAACAAUGAGCUCUUGGAGACUGUCCUCGAGCAGACCAUCCCCAUGCAUGGUCGGAUGAUUCACACUCGGUCAGCAACCGGAUCCUUGACCGAACAGUCACAGUUGUAUGAUGUCCAUGGCCGAUUCCAGCGCUCCGUCGAUCGGGGCGUGCUCAACGGAGUCCUGCUCAACCAUCUGGAUUCUUUGCCCAACGUCACACUUCACUUUCAACAUAAGAUGACCGGCGCCGAUUUCCGGAAGAGAAGGGCCUGGUUUGAAAUCACGGACAGGACUGACAGCAGCCACCCAAAUCGUCCGAGAGAGAUCGAAGUCGACUUUAAUCUCCUCAUUGGAGCCGACGGGGCUCAUUCAACCACCAGGUACCAUAUGAUGAAAUAUGCCCGAAUGAACUAUCAUCAGGAGUACAUUGACUGCUUGUGGUGUGAAUUCACCAUGCCGCCCACCCAGUCAGGGGAUUUUGCAAUCUCUCCCAACCAUCUCCACAUCUGGCCGGCGGGGAGUUUCAUGUUCAUUGCUCUUCCUAAUCUGGACAAGUCUUUUGUGUGCACACUGUUUGGGCCUGUGGAGAUGUUUGUCCAUCUUGAGGACUCACCGGAUGCCGAGCUGGUCGCUUUCUUCGACAAGCACUUCCCCGGUGUGACGAAUCACAUCCCGCCGAGCGACUUGAUCGCCCAGUUCAAGCGGAACCCGCACUUACCGCUCAUCAACAUCAAGUGCUCUCCACAUCACUUUGGCGAUAGUGUUGUGAUCCUUGGCGAUGCUGCGAAUGCGAUGGUCCCCUUCUAUGGACAAGGCAUGAACGCGGGAAUGGAGUCGGUUCGGGUCUUGUUCUCGAAGCUGGAUGCAAUUGCCGACAGGACUGCAGCACUCGCCAGCUAUACCGAGGAACGGACGAAGGAUGCCCAUGUGGUUGCUGAUCUGGCACUUGGCAACUACAUCGAGAUGAGGUCGUCCGUGACAUCUCGGCUGUACAAGCUGCGGAAGUAUAUCGAGGAGAGGUUGGACAAGUAUGUGCCCAGUCUGGGCUGGGCCACUCAGUACUCGCGGAUCAGCUUCAGCAACAUGCGAUACAGCGAGGUCAUCAAGCACUCACAGCGACAAAAGCGCAUCCUCACGGCGGUCUUGCUGGCAAUGGCAGCAGCGGUCUUCACAGGCCCAGCAGCUGCCCUUUGGCUGUACGUCUUGCGCCACUCUCAACACAGGCGCCGGAUCCUAUACCUCAUGAUCCAAGAGGUGAAGUGGUAG